AUGAGUACCGAAAUAUAUCCUUCAGAGCCUCCAGAGUCUAACCCCGAUGUCGAUUUCCCUCUGCUCGCCGCCGAGAACGAUUGGAACAAUAAUGGCCCUUCUCCUUCCCCCGUUUCGACAUGGCGGAUGAUUAGGAUCAAAUUUUGCAAGUAUGGGCCUUUUGGCGUGCACUUUGGCCUGACGGCCCUCAUAGCGACGGUCUGUCUAUGCUUUCUGGAUGGUCGUACUUUCAACACCAACUCCCGCCGACCUCAAUAUGUGGAAGCCGACGGCUCUUUUUCCCAUUCGAAAUCGUAUGCCCCCCUCCAAUCUGAUAUUACGACGGCUGUCUCAUUGGCAGCCUCAGCGACACGCGUUGCUGCUGGAUGGUGGGCGACAGGCCUCGUUUGGCGUAGCAUUUUUGUGGCCAUGGAGCAAGGCGGUAUUUUCGCAGAAGGCCUAUCGCAAGUGGCCUCGAGUAGACCACCUGCAUAUUGCCACAUAAUUCAAAAAAGUAACGUGGUCAUCAUAUACAUAAUCCUUGUCGCUACAUUCGCCAUCGAUUAUUUCUCCGCGGCUUUAACUGGUUCAUUGGUCUGGGAGCCUGCGAGCACGCUUAUGCCUGGAAGGGUAGCACUCACUGGGAUCACGAGAGGGGUCAGUGGCAUUGAUAUCUCAGGAUACUUCAACCAUAAGCCCAACCGAACUUUGGUUGUGGAAGUGGGUUCCGCUGCCGCAAUUGUCGCAUGGGGGAGUCACCCGCCGGACUUCUUGAAUGGGGCAGAACCUUCAACAGUUUUCCGGCGUGUUAUCAAAGGAGCGCAAUACAUCUCUAUCAAUUCCACCCUUAAUACCACAAUGCCUUAUUUCGACCUCGUCGCUUUCGAAUGGGUAUUGGAUCCCGCCCAAGUUUUGACGGAAAAACAGUUACCCUUAUUUCAUGACGACAGCGAAUUUAGUCCCUACUCUGCGGAUGUUGGGGUUGGCGGGCUGUUACCCGACAGCUACUGGGGGCCGUCCGAGUCUGUUAUGGGGAGAAAGUUGGGGGAUUCCCACAACGUGUCAGAAACACGACUUUUCAUCUUCCGUGUUGGGAGAUAUGACUCAGACGUGUGGCCAUGCCCACAGAAUUAUACCAUCGACCCUGGCUUCCAAGUUAACCUGCACGGGUACCGGUUUCAAGGAUAUUACACUGACUGUUUCGCAAUUGCGAAAAUGACGUACCGGGCGGGAGCGAUCACAUGUCAGAGUCGGAAUUGUAGACUUAUUUCUUCUACCAUUGUAGAAGCGCAGCCCCCCUUUUCACUCGUCGGAGAUCCCUUAACUUCGAUGGCAUUGGCAUUGGCACCGUUGCUGUGUACCAAUUUCUUCUUUUCCAACUACGCUGUUCCCUCCAACUAUGGGACACGCAGAAACUUGGCCAUCGAGUUGACUUCGCGGGCAUAUCAGGCCGCUUGGGCAGCACUUUCGAACGUGCUGAUAAGUGAGUCGGAUGACGCGACUGUGGAGAUUGCCUUGCCGACAUUACGCACCAAAGUCAUUCGUUGGAGGAUAUACCUUUGGGUAGCACUACAUCUGUUGGUGUUAGUGUUAGGCCUUCUUUUCAUUUAUGUUCAAAGCCAUUGUAAUCACCCAUGGGUUGAAGACCUGGCCAUGGCUAUCUUUUGGCUAGACACGAGAGCAGGUCUUGCCAACUUGCCAGGUGGUCAGUGCGUCGUCUCAGACCCAUGGCAGCCCGGAAUGGAGAUUCGUAACGAGGGAGUGCUUAUACUACGGCUCGACGAAGCUGGUAAACGCUCAGUGCAGCAGGCUGCCAGUGUGCAGGUUACAGCUAACGAGGCAUCCACUGACAGUGUAUACGAACUUCAGCACACUCCCCAAGGGCCAAAUCGGGUGAGCGACACAUAG